AUGGUCGAAUUCGUGGAAAUAAAUGGAGCUCAGCUAGCGUACCGAAUCUGCGGACCAGAAGAUGCUCCCCUCGUUAUUACCCUGCACGGCGGCCGGGGCAUGGGCAACCAUCAGUCUGAUUUCAAGGCGUUCAGUCCGCUCGGUGACAGCUAUCGUAUACUGUCCUUUGAUUAUCGGGGUCAUGGCCAAAGCAGCCGCACCAAGCCUUACACGUUUGAACAGAUCGUCGACGACAUUGAUGGUAUGAGGGCUCGUUUCGCUGGACCUGAAAAACAAGUCAUCAUACUGGGUGGAAGUUUUGGUGGAUUCCUUGCACAACAGUAUGCCAUCAAGUAUGCCUCCCACGUGUCGCAUCUGAUUCUUCGGGGUACAGCACCGUCACAUCACCACGAGGAAGGUGCCAUAAAGACACUCGAGCAGAGGCUGUCCAAGGUGCCCAGCUUCAGCAUUGAAAUGCUGAAAGACAAGGUUUUUGGAGCCUUUGAUAGUGACCUCGAGUUCCGCAUGGUGCACCUGGUCAUGUCCCCGCUGUACAGUGAAUCGUUUGAUGCAAACGCCGCAUUGCAGAGCUGUCUAAACAAUGUCUAUAACGCAGAGUCGCAUAAUGAUCUGUACUCGGAAAAGGAGAAAUACUUUGAUUACACCAAAGAUCUGCACCGAAUCACGGCCAAAACUUUGGUCGUUGUGGGCGACAAGGACUGGAUCUGCCCUCCAGAAAACUCAAAAUUCAUAGCAAAGGAGAUCAAGGACGCUGAACUCUUCUUGGUUGAGAAUGCCAACCACAGCGUUCAUGUCGAGAAGAACGACCUGGUGGUCAAGAAGAUCCGAAGCCAUCUUGAGAAGUAG